UCCUCAGCGUCGUCAUCCUCCUCGUCCUCCCAUGGACUGACUUGUUUGUUGUCGAGCAAGAUGGAGUUCCUGUUGGGAAACCCUUACACCACCCCGGUGGGCCACUGCAUUGAGAGAGCCACCGAUGGCUCCCUGCAAAGUGAAGACUGGACCCUCAACAUGGAAAUAUGUGACAUAAUCAAUGAAACAGAGGACGGGCCAAAAGAUGCCAUUAGAGCAGUUAAGAAGCGACUCAACGGCAACAGGAACUACAGAGAAGUGAUGUUGACUCUAACGGUCCUCGAGACGUGUGUGAAGAACUGCGGCCACCGCUUCCAUGCAUUGGUCACGAGCCGGGACUUUGUUGACGGCGUGCUUGUUAAAAUCAUCUCCCCUAAAAACAACCCACCUACAAUUGUUCAAGAUAAAGUACUUGCACUAAUUCAGGCGUGGGCUGAUGCAUUCAGGAGCAGUCCAGACCUCACGGGGGUGGUUCAAAUCUAUGAAGAGAUGAAGAGGAAAGGUAUCGAGUUCCCCAUGUCAGACCUGGAGACCCUGUCGCCUAUACACACGCCUCAGCGGGCUGCGUCUGCUCCAGAGGGCGGCGACUCCUCUGUACUCAAGUUCAGCGCCACUCCUCAGCCCACACCACACACUGUCCCGCCGGCCUACACUGACCCUCAGGUCCCCAACCUCCCAGCCUCUGGAGCCAUUAAUCCCACACCUGAACAGAUUUGUCGGCUGCGUAGUGAGUUGGACGUUGUUCGCGGAAACACUAAGGUGAUGUCAGAGAUGUUGACAGAGAUGGUCCCAGGACAGGAGGACGCUUCAGACUACGAGCUACUACAGGAGCUGAACAGGACUUGCAGAGCCAUGCAGCACAGAAUAAUGGAGCUGAUCUCCUGUGUUUCCAACGAGGCUGUGACUGAGGAGCUGCUGCACGUCAACGAUGACCUCAACAACAUUUUCUUACGCUACGAAAGGUAUGAGAGGUUUAGGUCGGGGAGAUCUUCAGCUCAGACUGUCAAUAACGGGGUCCUGAGUGAGGCUACUGAGGACAACCUGAUCGACCUCGGUCCAGGCUCCCCGGCUGUGGUCAGCAACAUGUCCAAUGUGGCCCCAGCCCAGAGCAUCACUGCACCAGUGGGUGGACCCUCCUCACCAGCCACCUUAGCCUCUCGCCUUGCUGGUCUCGACAUGGGUUCAGACAGUGUGAGCAGCACCUUGAGCUCUCUGUCCAGCUGUAAACCUCCUCCACCUGCUCAGGACGACUUUGACGUGUUCGCUCAGACCAGGACUGGAGUCGUGUCUGAACCACACAAGACUACUGCAGCAGGAGACAACCGUGCCUCUGGUAACCCUCCCACUCUGGACGUGGUACAGCCGACUGCAGGAGGGGGCGUCGCUCGUCAGUCCUCUGUCAUGGAUGACAUAGAGGAGUGGCUGUGUACUGAUGUGAAGGGAGAUGAAGGCGAGGAAGGAGUGACGAGUGAAGAGUUCGACAAGUUCCUCGAGGAGAGAGCCAAAGCUGCCGAGAUGACCCCCAGCCUACCGUCGCCCCCCAGUGGCGACCCGGGGGCAACACAGGGAACCCCCAGCCGUAAGAAGCCAGACAGACCAGAGGACGCUUUGUUUGCCAUGUAGACCUUUCUUUCACCUCUGGCCCUAACGACCUGAGCAGCAUCACCCGGAGACGGACUGCCCACAUGCUAGUCCACAACGCAGUGAAGUUACACUACAGCUAUUCAUACGCUCUGUUCAUUUUCCCCCAUCAGAAAAACAAAAACACUAUUUUCAUCAGCAGUCAAAUAGAUGUCACCCUGUGUCAGAGGCGAUGAGGCAGCCUGCUUAUUCCUUCUUCUUCUUUACAUGCGGAGAACCUCCUGUGGACUGCAGAGCUUCUUGUUGCAGCUAAUCCUGAUGAUCAGAUGUAGAGUUUUAUAAACAAAGAUUCCUUGUUCUGUUUCCGAGCCCUCAGAGCAUGAUUUAAUGCAACCCACACAGUUUUAAGAGGCAAACAAGUGUCAGAAACAAUAACAAUAACUGUCGCAGAAAUACUGAGCAUUACGUCCCAGUUAUAGUUUUCAGUGUUUGUAUCAGUCUUGAGUUUGAAAUUGUAAAUCUGUAAAUGACAAAAAGUCACGUUUAUUAGUCGUGUGUAUAUUUAAGCUACAAAUAUGUAUGAAAGAGAUGUUGAUUUAAAUGUAGAUUUGCUGAUGUCCGCAGCCACUCCGACACGAGGGGGCGUACCUGAGCGGGUACAAGAAAAGGGACGUGCGUUAAAUCAGGAAAAAGACGACGUUUUUUGGUAGAAUCACAAAUCAACACAUACAGAAUAAUCCUGUCAUAGAUUAUAGGGAUGACUCGAUACCACUUGUGUUUGACACUGAUACCAAUAUCGAAACCUUGAAUUCUGUCCGAUGCGGUCUUUCUCCUCUUUAAGCAACUAGACUGUAUAUUUUGAACUUGAGCUGGAUUUUAAGUUUCUCGUUCGGUUAAGAAAAUAUCCGCCCUCUUUAGUCUGACUCAAGCCAUCCGAUAAACGAUAACGCGCCACUUGCCUGAACAAGACAUCUCGUAUGUAGCAUGUAACGUGUGCUUCGUUAAGCAUUUACAUCAUAUUUAUGAUUUGAUGGAUCAUAUUGGGCUCAUUUUUUUCUUUUUCCUCAUUCAGUUAUUUUUGGCCAGUUUGGUACUGAUAUUGAUUAUUGUAUCAGACCAAUACUGAGUAUCAUGUCAAAGAGAAUCGUAUCGGACUGACAACGAUGCUGCGUAUCGCAUCAAAUCAGUAGUGAUACUAAGUAUUGUAUGUGAUCGAUAUCGAUACUGAGUAUCGUGUCUCACUGAUACAUAUAUGGAAUCACACCCCUGAUGCUUAGUGUCUUAUCGCACCAAUAGUAAGAUAGUGUCAUAUUGACCAAUAACGAUGGAGAGAUUAACAUCGUUUCUGGGUAUCGUACUGGAAAGGCAAAGAUACUGGGUACUGUAUCAGUCCAAUAUCAAUACUGGGUACUGUAUUGGUCAGGUAUGGACAGACAGAGUUACUGGGCACUGUAUUGGUCCGAUACAGACAGACAGCGAUGCUGGGUACUGUAUCGGUCCGAUGGUGAUAUUGGGUAUCCUAUAGAACAGACAACGAUACUGCACCAGUAACGAUAUCAGUGUAUCGUAUCAGAUUGACAUCGUUUCUGGGUAUCGUACUGGACAGACAACGAUACUAGGUAUAAUUUCACACUAAUACUAAGUAACUUAUUCGACCCAUAGUGAUACCGAGUACGUAAACAAGUACUGUGUGAAAUUGAAACUGAUACCAAGUAUUAUCGGCUCAUCCCUAGCAUCGUUCUCUCUCACAAAUCUAAGCGUGGAUGUUUGAUGGUGUUGAGACCAGAUUUAUUGAGAUUAUUUUCUUUGCUGAGAUUAAGCUGAAGCUGCUGUCGUCGAUCUUAUUUCCACCGUCUGGAUUAUGGCUGUAGAUGUAAUUAUCUCUAUUUGUGCUGAAGAUGGAUGCAAAGAUAUUUUUGUGCUUUUUGAAUGUGUUGACGAGUGAUCACAGUCAGAUUAGAUACUGUAUGUUUUCUGUUAAAGGGACCAGAUUUUUUGUGCUGUUUCCUGGAUGUUGAAGGGAAAAUCCCGGUUGAACGGAGCUCCGGGUCCAUGUCAGAACUCCGAGCUCUGCCGUAUAAAUGUAGGGAUGUCAUGACACGAUGUGAUAAGAGAGCACAUUAUUUCUUUGAAAUUAUUUUCUCCUUUUUUCUUUUUUGUUUCUUUCUUGACGCCUGACACAUUUCUAUAAAAAAAAAAAAGCCUGACCUUUCAACACGACAUUUGUUUUCAGAAAUGAGCUCGCCACAGACGCAGCGCGACAAAUGAGAAAUCAUUUUACUCCCCAUGACAGUCAUAAAUGCCACGUGUUACACAAUCACAACAAGCUGGAAACAAGCGGCGUUUCCCCUCUCUGCUCCCGAGAGAAUGAAUCGGAACAAUUUAACCAGAUUACGGACGCACAAUAUGCUGAUACAGCUGGAGAGUUUGGACCGACACCGAUAUAAAUACUUUUUGAGGUCAUUUAGCCUCUUCUGUAGUGAAAUUAAUGGAAUAUUUUUUCAUACGUGUGUCUAGGGCUGCUACGAUCAAUUGAUUAUUAGUCCAUUACUAAAUUAAUUGUCAACUAUUAUGAGUGAUUUGUCACUAAUUAAAACCCUUUUUUUUCUUCAGAGGAUAUUUUCUGGUUUCUUUGCUCCAUAUGAAAAAGAAAUGAUUAAAAGUGUAUAUUUUUGGGGGUUUUUUUUGGACAAAAUAAGACAUUUGAGGUGUUCAGGUGUAGAUUUGCAUACAUUUGUGCAGAAUAAAUAAACAUGGGGAGCUUGAUGAUAUCUGAUGCUACAUUUUAAAGCCAAUAUCGUCCAGAUUAAACCUUUUUUUUGGGAAUAUUUCUGCAAAGUUGUGGAAAUAUUUUUGUGUUUCUUUUCCACGUCAACAUUUUUAAUCGGGUUAUUUAAAAGAGAAAAGUUAAAAAGUGAAAGUGAGUUGUCUUGGUUAUGUUUUAGUGUUUUUUUUGGCUUUUGUUUUUCUAAUGUGUCUUUACCGUAUUGUUUUUGUGGUUAAUAAUAAUUUUUGGCCGUACAACUUAUGGAUGUUUAUGGUCUCUAAUCAGAUCAGAAUCAGCAGUUUGUAGCCGAGACAGAAUCAAAGCGGUCGUUUCAUGAAGGAUGAAUUAGCUGAUGUUUCGGUGACUUUGCUGGAAAGAAGUGUCAACGUUGCACAUUAGAAAAAAGGAAGAACCUCCCUUUUUUUGUUUCUUUAUUUUUGUUAGUGUUUAACCUCCGUGUUUGUGUGUGUGACAUUUGAUCUCCGCUGUUCAAGUCAAGUUAGUUUUUAUUCAAUGAAAUGAUGUAAUAAUCAUUUUUAAUUUUAAAAGCUUUCGGUGCUGGAAUCAUGAGCGACUGCAUGUGACACUAGGACACUGCUGCAGAGUGAAUGUAGAGGGGAAACACUGCUGCCUUCUCAGGCCUGUUUUUGUUAUUUCUUCUGUUUAAAGUUUGAAAUUCACUGGAUACACAGAUAGAGGAGGAGGAGGAGGAGGAGGCUGUGCCGAUGAAGGAGGCUGUGCCGUGCGUGACUGCUGCUUUUCCUCCGUUUGCCUCGUUUCUCUUUGUGUUGUUUGAACUCGUGCAUGAACUCUAAUAAAACUUUAGCAGUGCGUGAACCACA